CAUUAUUUAUGCAACAAUAUAAAAAAACUCAAUAUAAAUUGAUUUUGGUAUUGGUUGGAUUACCAGCAAGAGGAAAAACUCAUAUUUCUUAUAAAUUAAAUAGAUAUUUGAAUUGGAUUGGAUAUAAGAGUGAAAUCUUUUCAAUAAAAGGAGCAUAAUAAAAGGAUGAUAAAUUAGAUUAAAUUAUAGACUAUGAGUUAGAAAUAGAUCCAGAGAAUUAGUAAGUAAGAUAGAUUUUAAAUUUAGAUUGUAGAAGUUAGGUAGAAACUAUCUUUUUAAGCUGCUUAACAACUAGUGACUUUUUUAUAAACUGAAGGUGAUAUUGCUUUAUAUAAUGGAUUAACUAAUACAAAAUGUGAUAGAUAAAAAUUGAAAUCUUUCUUCAAAGAAUAACUCUAAUUGGAAUUUUAGGUAUUUUGGAUCGAAUCAAUUUGUGAUGAUCCUUAAGUAAUUGUAAAUAAUAUUAAUGAAUCGAAAUAAAGUAGAUUUAAAGAUAAGACAAUUGAAUAAUUUAUGAAUCAUAUAAAUGUAAUAUCAUAAGAUUACUAAACUCUUGAAAACAUAGAAAAUUUAUCAUACAUAAAACUAAUUAAUAUAGGUAAACAAGUAAAAGUACAUAUGUUGGAAGGCUAUUUAUGUUCGAAAAUAGUUUCUUUUCUUUUAAAUUUACAUGCAAACAAUAGAUAAAUAUAUUUAGUAAGAUCAUGUUAAACAGAAUAUCAUAUACUUGAUAAAAUAGGAGGAGAUCCAGAAUUAUCUGCAAUGGGAAAAUAACAUAGUCAAUAAUUAGGAGAUUAUUUUAUUGAAGAAUUAAAAGGAAAUAAAAAUGUAAGUAUAUUUUUUAACAUUUAUUAGAUAACAUUUUUUACUUCUUAGAUGAAAAGAGGAAUCUAAACAGCUGAUAUUGUUGGUGAAAAAUUAGGAAUAAUAGCAUUGAAAACAAAAAAUUUAGAUGAAAUAGAUUAUGGAAUAUGUGAUGGAUUAACAGUGAAAGAAAUAGCAGCAAAAUAUCCAAAAUAGAUUAAGGAAAGAAAAGCUAAUCCUCUUGAAUUUAAAUAUCCAAGAGGAGAGUCAUUCUUAGAUGUAAUUCAUAGAGUUGAACCAAUCAUUUAUGAAAUUGAAAGAUCUAGAGAUCCUGUUUUAAUAAUAGCACAUGUUGCUGUUUUAAAGUAAAGAAAUUUAUUAAAAAGAUAGAUGUUUAUAUGCUUAUUAUCAUUGUAAUUAAAUUAGUGAAAUCCCAAAUAUUGAGAUUCCUAUUAAUUGUGUUAUUAAGUUAGUACCAAUACCUUAUCAUUGUCUUGAAAGUAGAGUAAUUAUUAAAUGA